GUGUCACUGCUAGAAUUCUGAAUUGGGAACGGGGGAGAUCCAGUAAAAGAGAGAAUUUAAUUUCGCCAUGGCCAAAAGUUCCUUCAAGCUGGAGCACCACCUUGAGAGAAGGCAGGCUGAAGCUGCUCGUAUCAGGGAAAACUAUCCAGACAGAAUUCCGGUUAUUGUAGAGAAGGCAGAGAGAAGUGACAUACCAGACAUUGACAAGAAGAAGUAUUUGGUUCUGGCUGACCUGACUGUUGGGCAGUUUGUUUAUGUGGUUCGAAAGAGAAUAAAGCUCAGUGCUGAGAAGGCCAUAUUUAUAUUUGUAAAAAACAUUUUGCCACCUACUGCUGCCAUGAUGUCUGCUUUUUAUGAGGAAAACAAGGAUGAAGAUGGUUUUCUUUACAUGACUUAUAGCGGGGAGAACACAUUUGGAUUGUUCUGAGGGAAAUCAAUAUGGAAAAUUUGAAAUGUAUAAAUAAGGACUCGAAAAAGCAAGAUGGA